GGGUGUGUGAUCAGCUUGUGGACUUUCUCCUGAUUGGUUGGUAGGGAGGUAACGGGGGUGUUUCAGGAAUCUCAAUCAUCAGCCUUCUGGUUCCAACCAGUCUGGGGUCCACAUGCUUGUGGUCAGCAUGUAUCACCAUCCUCUACCCGGUUGGUGGGGGGUGUCUUAGUUUUUGCAGAACAACUCAAAGAUGUGCAUCAGGUUGUUAUCUGUACCCCUUCAGGAGGAAACCAGGAGUCCUGUGACCUUAUUGUCCUCAUUUCUCCGGUCAUUAACUGUUGAGCCUACUCUUUGGAACUCAGGGAAGACCUAGGAGACUAAAGCGUUUUCUACAAACAAGAAGUGGGGACGUCGAGGGGCUUGUACUCAGGAGGGCCCUGAGGGUCCUUCUCAGUUUCAGUUCUGCUCCUUGUGAUGCCAACUGGGACCACAGGCCUGUCCAGGAGGGCUCACUCCUGUAGUGGGCAGUUGGUGGUCCUGUGGGCUAUGAACUCAGCUGGUGCUGGACUGGUGUGCCUCAGUUUCCCUCCAUGUGGCCUACCAUUUGGCUCUAGCUUCUCAUGGCUCGGCCACUGGACUCUUCCAGGGGAGGUGUUCCACGUGUGCAAAUGCAGAACUGCAGGUCUUGUAAGGCCCAGAUUCUGUUGGUCAGAACAAACCACAGGUCUAGCGCAGGUUAAAGAGGAAGCGAUGUGGACUCCACCUAUCAGUGGCAGGGGUAUAAAGAGCUUGUGACCACUUUUAACCUACCACGGUAAGUACUUGUCUUCAUUUUAGACAUAAGGAAACUGAGACACAGCAAGGUUAAACAACUUGCCCACCAGCACCUAGUUCACCCUCAUGCACACACCCUCAUACACACUCACUCACACAAAUAUGCCUGUGCAUUCAUAGUCACACAUUACCAUUAUACAUGUAUAUCCAUCACGUAUGUCCACAAUUCACAUAUGUACGUACACCUACGUCCUCAUAUAGACACAAAAUCCUCCUGCAGAUUCAUAUAUACACACAUUCAUAUUCGCACACAGGCAUUCACACAUACACACUCCACCGCAUACACACACUCCUGGUAUAUAUGCCCUCACAGACACCCCCCCCCAGAUAUGUAAUCACACCUAUUCACAUGCAUGUACACACAUAUGCCCACACUGUUUCCUCCCUCUCCACUGACCAUAGUAAUUUCCAUGACUCAGAAGACCUUUUCCUCCCUCUUUUGCACAGGGUAUUGUUCUAAUGCCAGAAAACCCUGCUGCCUUAGCACCAUUGUGCAAAAUCUCUCUCUACCACAGCAAGGCCUAUGGGUCCAGGACCCUGGAUCCCCAGCCCCACUUGGAAUGUCCAUAGGACUUGAGACCCAGGCACCUCAAGCUGAUGUUGACAUGGAGGAAAUCACUGAGACACAGGAAGGCUAAGUGUAUUGCCCAGUGUCACACAGCAGAAGCCAUCCCCCUGCAGCACACCCUGAUCUCCCAGCAUGCAGCUGGGUCAGGCACUGGGUGCUCAGUGGUGCCUGAUGAAUGAAUGAGUUGGAAGCACUUCUUCAGUCUUGAUUAAAAAAAAAACAACAAAAAGACUCCAUUCUUUUAGAGGCAGUUAUAGAUUCACAACGAAAUUGACUGGAAGGUAUAGAGAUUCCCAUGUACCCACUGUCCCCACUCCCUCCUUAUCAACAUCCCUCACCAGAUGGUACAUUUGUUACAACUGAUGGACUUACACUGUCACAUCAUUAUCACCCAAAGUUUACAUCAGGGUUCACUCUUGGGUUGUACAUUCUUUGGAUUAGGACAAAUGUCUAGUGACAUGUACCCACCGUUCUAGUAUCAUACAGAGUAUGUCCACUGCCCUAAAAGUCCUCUGUGCUCUACCUAUUCAUCACUCUCCCCUCCCCCCACCCCCCGAUCUUUUUACUGUCUCCAUAGUUUUGCCUUUUCCAGAAUGUCCUAUAGUUGGAAUCAUAUAGUAUGUAGCCUUUUUUCCGAUUGGCUUCUUUUACUUAAUAACACGCAUUUAAGGUUCCUCCAUGUCUUUUCAUGGCUUGGUAGCUCAUUUCUUUUUAGUGCUGAAAAAUAUUCUGUCAUCUGGAUGUACCACAGUUCAUUCAACUACUGCAGGACAUCUUUGUUGCUUUAGAAUUGAUUUUUAUUAGUGGCUGUAAAGAGCAGGUAGACCAGAAAUGCUCUUCAAAGCUUAUAAGUCAGACACCAAGGGUGUUUUAGAGACACACCAGGUGUGGAGAAGAAAUGUCCCCCUUUCCUCCUUCAUCUGGUCACCCACUGCAUCUGUCUUCAGCCCUAGCCAGACAUUACAGCCACCUGUGGAGAUUAAAAAAUAUAGCAACUGCUGAGUCCCACCCUCAGAGACUAUGAGUCAAUUGUUGUGGGCUGGGCCUGAGUAUCAGGAUUUUGUUAAAGCUCCCCAGGUAAUUGCAGUGUAAGCUUGAGAACUGUGGGUCCACUGGACUCUGCUGUAGGUAGACAAUUGUUCUGGUGGCUCUAGGGUAGGAGUUGAAGGUUGCCUGUUGGAAGUUUAAAACAAGUGGCUCUGGUCUGAUAGUGCAGCACUGCUUGUUAUGUUUAUUUCACCUGAAUGUGAGGGUCCAGGUGGGACACGCUCUCUUCAUCUGUCUGCUCUCAAACACCAUCUCCUACUGCCCAUUGCGGGCAACUUCAGACAUUUAGGUACUGGCUUGAUACCUGGAGACAUUUGGUUUUGCCGCCAGUGGGACCUGGCUUCGGCCAAGGUAACCAACACAUCUCAGUUUGCCCAGGGCUUUCAAAGUUUUAUCACUGAAAGUCCCAUGUCCUUGGAACACCCUCGGUCCUGGGCAAACUGGACAGUUAUUUACCCUACUUUGGUCCUUCUUACGAGAAAGUGAAGACAGACCUCAAUCUUAGCUGCACGUUGAAAUCGCCUGGGGAGUGUUAAUAAAUACUAUUGCCGGGCCUCCAGUAUUAUACUCCAUCCUACCCCCAAGUUACUAUUACACCCUCGGAGAUUCUGAUGUCAUUGAUACAGAAGCAGCCGGGAAACAGGGUUUUUUAACGUUCCCCAUAUGAUUCAAACGUGAAGGCAGGGGCAAAGAGCCCUCGGCAAGGUAAGUGAGAAUCAGCUCAGAGAGGGACCACGCAGGGAGGUGACAUUGGACUGAAUUCAGACUUGAGGGAAAGACGUGCCAGGCAGAAGAUGCAAUGUGGUUUGACUUCAGAUCCUUGGGGAAGUCCCUUUGCCUCUCUGAAUCUCAUUUUCCUCAUCCGUAAAAUGGGAACCUCUCUCUCAACCAAGCAUGCAAGCGCGGUAUUUGGCACAGAACGUAAUUAAGACUCAUGAAUAGUAACAGAGGGGUCAUGUGUUGGUGCUCAUUAGGUGCUUGGCUCUGUGCUAAAUAACCCUCAGCCUGUGACCCCUUCGAGCCUGAGAGAGCAGCCUGAAUUUGCAGGAACCAGAGAGAGACUCCCGGUCUGUUAGGUUAUUUUCACAGAGAGCCAGGCCAAGGAGCAAGUGACCCAGAUAGGCCGGAAACUGACCCUGGGAAUCUAGAAAAGUGCAAACUGGCCCUGGAUUGUUUUUUCAAAAUGAAAAUAGCUUUCUUGUUUGUUUUUGAUCAUAGAAGUAAUCUAUGCUCGCCGUAAAAAUUGCAAAUAUCACAGAAGCAUGUGAGAAAGAAGUAAAGAUCUUUGGACACCCCUGUGAGCGACCCGGAGUGGGAGAGAAGGGCUGCCCUCCGAACGCCCCUCCCCCCAGCCUUGCCAUCCCUUCCGACAAAAACAUCAGUUCCCAUGACAUCAUCUCCUGCCUUGAGGCCAGCAUAUCGGGGACAAUGGCAGGAUGUGGACUUCCAACUUAGAAUUCUGACCUCAGCUGAGUUGGAAAGGGUUUGGCCUGGAGCUGAGACUUGCCUCUGAUCAAGGCCUCAGUUUUCUCCGUGGCAAGCCUGGGCUACCAGCUGAACCUCCUUCUUAGGCUCUUUGCGAACUGGGAGGAGUAGAUGAGUUACUAGAUGUAAAGUCCUUACACAAGCCUCAGUGGUGAGAGUCUCUGGUAUUGUUACUGUCACCAUCAUCACCAUCAAUAUGGGAAAGAAUUUGACUUUUUGGUGGAUAAUCCCAAAUCAGAAGAAGAGAAAGCAGAAUAGCUCAGAGUCUAGCAAGAGUUUCUAGGAAGUGACUACUUUUCUUUUCGGCCCCGAGAUAGUUUCAGUGUUUACUUAUUCUCUCUCUUUAAAAGUGUUAGCAGCUCAUUUCAUCUGAAGAGGAUGGAGCUGCCUUUGAUCUCUUCAAUCAGCUCACAGCUUUGCCCUUCCCAAAGGCAAGAGCCACCCUUGGCUUCCUGCCACAAGGCGGUGGGGUCUAAUCUGUCAUCACUCCUCUGUUGGGCUGGGGCAACGGGCAGGGCUGCCAGGCCCUCUGAGGAAGGGCCAUUCCAGGUUAACCUACAGUAGAGAGGAGAGAGGGACUUUUCCUUUGUGUCCUCUUUUUCCUGAGGCUGGUACCUCCCAAGGAGGAGGCAAUAAAACGGGGGCAUUUUGUGGUGUAACCCAAGGCUGGGAAGGAGACACUGAGGUCUAGGGGGGGUGGGCUGGCAGCAUGUGUAGCGAGGCUGCACUCACCUCCACACUGUGAAGCCUGCGUCCUGUGAACACCUGCAGCUCUGCCGGAGGACUCUUAGCCAGCUGUGGCAGGACGCUCCACCCACAUGCAGUACCAGCAGAAGUGCUGGAGAGUUAGAGCCCCUCGCAGCCCUCAACCUCCUGAGAUCAGAUCCUGGCUUUCUGAUUCACAGGCUGUGUGAUCUUCAGCAAGUUACUUAACUCCUCUGAGCCUCAGUCAUCACUGUGGUGAACAUUCCUUGUCUGAGUCUCCUUGAGCAGUGGGCAGGAGUUUCUCGAGAGCACAUUCCUGAGGUCCAGAGGUGCUGAGUCGUGGGGUGUGGGCCACCUUGGCAUUUUUAGUGAGGACGCUGUGUGGUGAUUAACAGUUCACACUCCCAUCAGUAGUGUGUGUGCUUCCCUCCCCCCGCCCCCUGUGCUUCCGGAAAUACCUUAUAAAUGGAAUUACAACAUUUGUGUUCUUCAGCUUGCUUUUUUUCCCACUUACCAUGUGUAUUGGAGAUUUUUCCAUAUCAAGCCAUGUAGAUACGCCUCAUUUUUUAAAAACCAUUUUUACUGAAUUAUAACAUAAUGAUGGAAAAGUGCUCAACGCGAUGAAUUUUCAGAGUGAAAAACACCUGAGUAAUCAGUACUUCAAUCUGGAAACAGACUGUUACUUUCAUCCCAGAAGCCCCUUGCCUGUGCCUUCUUUCUCCCAACAAAAUGGGUUUAUAAAUAAUAUGUACUCUUUUGUUUUUUGGCCAUGCCCCACGGCAUGGGGGAUCUUUGUUCCCCAACCAGGGAUCGAACCCAUGCCCCCUGCAACGGAAGUGCGGACUGCCAGGGGAUUCCCAAUGUGUACUCUUUUUGUGUGUGUGUUUUUAUGUUUGUGAGAUUUAUCCAUGCUGUUGCAUGAAGCAAUAUUUUGGCAAUGUCUGGAGACAGUUUUGGUUGUCACAACUUUAGGGGGCAGGGGUGCAACUGGCAUUUAUGGGUGGCACCCCGGGACGUCCAUACAUAUCCUACAACUCACGAGACAGCCCCCCACUACAUAGACUAUCCGGCCCCAAGCGUCAACAGUGCCCACGGUGAGAAAGCCUGGUGUAGGCCAGGCUGAGGAAUUUGGAUUUUUUUCUGAGAGUGACAGAGGCUGAGGAAAUCCUGGGUUACGUGUGAGUUCAUCUUAACCAGACUAGUUCCCAAAGUGGCUGGGUCCUCGUUCUUUAUUAACACUUGCGUCCUCUUCCAUUCUGUGGGCAUAUCAUCCUACCAGGUCCCAUUGAUUAAUUUUAUAUUGUUUCCAGUCUUUUGGCCAUUAUACUAGCACCAGAAUGAGAACCCUUGUAACCAUCAAUUUGAGAGAAUAUCAUAUUUGGAUAUAAACACACAUACUCUCUCUCACACACACAGUUACUCUUUCUGGAGACUCUGUACAAUGGGAAUAUAACCAAAAUUUAAUUUAAAUGUAAAUUUCCUUCCUCCAGCAUGUUUAACAUCAAACUGACUUACAGAAAUAGCUCCUGUCAUCUUGGCUUCUGCCACGGAUUCACAUCUUUGUGCAAGUGGACACAUGAUCUGGAAAGAUAAACAGGAAACCCCUGAAGGCAUGGGAAACGGUGCAGGCCUCUGCUCCUCGUAGAGCUGGGACCUGGAAAAGCUGAGGGCCAGCCCAGUAGGCCCUGGGGGCCCAGAACUGACCCUCCUCUCUGCCUGCAAGUAGGAUUGACCUGCACUGGGAAUCACUUACAUUUUUUUCCCCCUAAAUAUUUCAUCUGAACUAAUCCACUUUGAAAGUAAUCUCUUACUUUGAAAGUAAUCUCAGUGCCUUUUAUCUUUGUCUAAAAUUCAAGUAACAGGUAAUGUUUUGAUUUCAAAUGUACUGCUUUAGCCUAUAUAUAGUUGACAUAUAACUACAUAAUAUGUCUUGACUAUUUUUACCUACUUUUCAAGAGGCUGGAUUAAUAAUUUUUUUAUGUUAACUCUAAAUGUUACAGGACAAUAAAGUCAAUAGAACAGAAAUUUUAAAAUGCAUAUAGCAUAAAGGAAGACUAAGCCUAGACUCUGUUCUAUCCAGUUACUAUGAAUAAGAAUGGAAUUUAGCUGUGAGCUUUCUGGUAGCCAAAGCAAAAAGGGAAACACAACACAUCACACCGUUUCUUGUUUUCUAAUCAAAGGAUAAUGACACAUCUUUAGCUGAGAUAAUUAUUUUUUGAUCCUAAGCUCUGAAAGGGCAAAAUGUACAAAAUUUAAAUUUAUUCUUUCUGUUUGUGUUUCUAUCUCUGCUCUUCUUCCUUGCCCCCGUGCGGUGUAGAUGCACUGUUGUUGCUGUCACAAAAUGAUAGAUGCCAGGUACUGGGAGUUGAUAAGUCUUGGAGACUGUGUCCAGCUGGGAAGAGAAUCCAUCUGCCAAGCUCUGAAUCAGAAAUCAGAAACCCAAGUUCUCACUCCAGCUGUGCCGGUGGUCCUGUUGUUUCCUAGCUGCUGCUGCUGCUGCUGCUGGUCUGGGACGACACUCUGGGAACUACUGAAGAGGAAGGAAACAGCUAUGAGAAUCUCCGAUCUGCUGCUCUGCAGAUGGACUUGCCGGCACUGCUGUCAGAAGUGCUAUGAAUCCAGCUGUUGCCAGUCGAGUGAGGAUGAAGUUGAAAUUCUGGGACCUUUCCCUGCCCAGACUCCUCCCUGGCUGUUGGCCAGCCGGAGCAGUGACAAGGACGGGAACUCUGUCCACACAGCCAGUGAAGUCCCGCUGACCCCACGGACCAACUCCCCAGAUCGGAGAUGCUCGUCCUCGGACACAUCUAAGUCUACAUACAGCCUGACCCGGAGGAUUUCAAGUCUCGAUUCCAGACGACCCAGCUCCCCACUCAUCGAUAUUAAACCCAUCGAGUUCGGCAUUCUCAGCGCCAAGAAGGAGCCCAUCCAGCCCUCGGUGCUCAGACGGACCUAUACCCCGGAUGACUAUUUCAGAAAGUUCGAGCCCCGCCUGUACUCCCUCGGCUCCAACAGCGACGACGUGGACUUUCUGACGGACGCAGAGAUCCUGUCCAAGUACCAGCUGGGCAUGCUGCACUUCAGCACCCAGUACGACCUGCUGCACAACCACCUGACGGUGCGCGUGAUCGAGGCCAGGGACCUGCCACCUCCCAUCUCCCACGAUGGCGCGCGCCAGGACAUGGCGCACUCCAACCCCUACGUCAAGAUCUGCCUCCUGCCGGACCAGAAGAACUCCAAGCAGACCGGGGUCAAACGCAAGACCCAGAAGCCCGUGUUCGAGGAGCGCUACACCUUUGAGAUCCCCUUCCUGGAGGCGCAGAGGAGGACCCUGCUGCUGACUGUGCUGGACUUUGAUAAGUUCUCACGCCACUGUGUCAUCGGCAAGGUGGCCGUGCCUUUGUGCGAGGUCGACUUGGUGAAAGGCGGACACUGGUGGAAGGCUCUGAUUCCCAGUUCUCAGAAUGAGGUAGAACUGGGGGAGCUGCUUCUGUCACUGAAUUAUCUCCCGAGUGCUGGGAGACUGAACGUUGAUGUCAUUCGAGCCAAGCAACUUCUUCAGACAGAUGUGAGCCAAGGUUCAGAUCCCUUUGUGAAAAUCCAGCUGGUACAUGGACUCAAGCUUGUGAAAACAAAGAAGACAUCCUUCUUAAGAGGCACAAUUGAUCCUUUCUACAAUGAAUCCUUCAGCUUCAAAGUUCCCCAAGAAGAACUGGAAAACGCUAGCCUAGUGUUUACAGGGGACGCAGAUUUGAGCCCUGGUCCAGGAAGAUCCCACAUGCUGCGGAGCAACUAAGUCCGUGCGCCACAACUACAGAACCUGCGCUCUAGAGCCCGUGUGCCACAACUACUGAAGCCUGUGUACCUAGAGCCUGUGCUCCGCAACAGGAGAAGCCACGACAAUAAGAAGCUCGCGCACCGCAACGAAGAGUAGCCCCCGCUCGUCACAACUAGAGAAAGCCAGCGGGCAGCAACGAAGACCCAACGCAGCCAAAAAUAAAUAAAUAAAUUUAUUAUUUUUUUAAAAAGUCUUUAAAGUUUUAACUGUUUGAUAGAAAACUGUUUGUACUUCCUUUGACCCAUUAACCAGGACGUUGAGCUUUCUUACCGAUUCAGAAUCUUAAUUAUAAAAAUAAAUGAUCACACAGUGAAUUUCCCCAGGCUCUAUGAAGGAGAAAAGGGUUGUUUGCCGCUUCACCAAAUAGCCCUGGUUCUGUUGUACUUUUUUAAGUUCUGGUAUCUGUCUGAUAGUCACAAUCUACCAGAUUAAUUUAAAUUACUCCAGAUGGGGAAACCACAUGACCAAGUUUAUUUGAAUUAUGUCUAAAGCCAUGAAGAGUAAAUAGUAUCUAAGAGGAAAUGCGAGGCGCCCUCUUCACAGGUUUUGUGCAUGGACUUUGUGACAUCUAUGCCUUUUUUUUUUAAUUGAAGUAUAGUUAAUUUACAAUGUUGUAUUAGUUUCAAGUGUACAGCCAAGUGAUUCAGUUACACACACACACACACACACACACACACACACACACACACACACACACACAUUCUUUUUCAGAUGCUUUUCCAUUAUGGGUUAUUACAAGAUAUUGAGCACAGUUCCCUGUGCUAUACCGUAGGUCCUUGCUGACAUCUAUGGCUUUUCUUCACUCUCUGGUUUGUAAAGGUUGUUUUGAAGUUCCCUCCAGAUGAUGAGGGUAAAUUAGAGCCUGUACAUUUUGCAGGUGUAUACUGUUGACUGCAGUAAGACGAGUCCCCCAUAACAGCCAGUGGGGAUAUUUGGGGUGCCUCACAACAAAAUUCCUAGAUGUUAUUGUUUCUAAAGAGGAGAAAUGUAGGGAUCUAGUUAUGAGGAAUUUGCUUCCUUUACAGGUUUUUUGCUGCAAAUACUGCGAGUGUCUCACCAGCUUACUCAGUGACUUGGCUUCCCUGUCUACAAAGUGGAGUGGUCAGGGGUAUCUGGUCUCCUGUCUCUGAGCCCCUUUCUGGAUUCAAUGAAUAUCCAGUCUUAAUUCCCUAUUCUCACACUCCCUAGCAUUUACAGUGAUGGCAAAUCUUGAUACUCUCCCAGGCAAAUUUUAUGAUAGAAGUCAUUAGUUUUAUUCAGCUUGUUAUAAUUUGCAUUUUAAAUGUAUGUUUUUUAAAAGACUGUUAAGAUUGCCAUAACUUUACCCAGUGAUUUGCAAGUCCCAAAGCCUCCCAAUUAGGUCAGAUGGCCAUAGCAGCAACUGCUUCCCAUCAGAAGGGCUGAAUCACUGAGGAGCGACCACCUUUCAAGUGCUGAGUGAUUUACCAAGCCAAGUUACUUUGCACCUUGGGAUAAGGAACGUAGGCUAUCAGAUUUCCAUUCAUCCUUCUGCCCCUUCUGGUAAUUUCGAUGUUGAUUCUCUAAUAUGAACUUAUUUUUUCCUUUGUUUUCUUUCCAAAAUAAUAUAUUCUAGUAAGAAGUUCAAACUGUACAUACUUAUAUAAUAAUUAGAAAAAGUGUCAAGUUCUCUGUUUCCUCUCUCUAGAGAGAGCUACUCUUAACAAUUUUGUGAAUAUUCUUCCAGAUACUAUUUUCUAUUCUAUAUGUUAACAUUUUCUUAAGCAAAAAGAGAUUGUGUUUACAUAUACUGUUUUGCAGCUUGAUUUUGUCUCCUAGCAAUAUGUCUUGGAGAUGUUUCCAUCUUGUAUAUAUAGGUCUGUCUCAUUUUUUACCAUGGUUCUGGUUUCCAUGGUGUUGUCACAUCAGAAAUUAUUUAAUUAGUCCUCUUGGGCUUCCCAGGUGGCGCAGUGGUUGGGAGUCCGCCUGCCGAUGCAGGGGACACAGGUUCGUGCCCCGGUCCGGGAGGAUCCCACAUGCCGCGGAGCGGCUGGGCCCGUGAGCCAUGGCCGCUGAGCCUGUGCGUCCGGAGCCUGUGCUCCGCAACGGGAGAGGCCACAGCAGUGAGAAGCCCGCGUACCGCAAUAGAAGAAAACUCAUAAUUAGUCCUCUCCAGUCUUAGUUUGGGUACUCCCAAAUCUGGUCCUAAGACAAGGACGUGGGUACAAGCAGGCUACUAGGAAGGUGAUCCCAGGAAACACCAACAAGAGGCUGGGGAAGUGAGACCAGGAAGGGAGGCAGGCCAAUCAAGGACGAUUUUUUUCUUAAUUUAUUUAAUUAAUUAAUUGAUUGAUUUACUUAUUUAUUUAUUUUUGGCUGUGUUGGGUCUUUGUUGAAGUGCACGGUCUUUCUCUAGCUGUGGCGAGCGGGGGCUACUCUUCAUUGUGGUGUGUGGGCGUCUCAUUGUUGUGACUUCUCUUAUUGCGGAGCACAGGCUCUAGGCACGUGGGCUUCAGGAGUUGUGGCACACAGGCUCAGUAGUUGUGGCUCGCGGGCUCUAGAGCGCAGGCUCAGUAGUUGUGGCGCACGGGCUUAGUUACUCCGCGGCACGUGGGAUCUUCCCGGACCCGGGCUUGAACCCGUGUCCCCUGCAUUGGCAGGCGGAUUCUUAAUCACUGCGCCACCAGGGAAGCCCCCAGUCAAGGACGAUUGAUGCGUGGGUAACUGCAGCUCGGGAGGGCCCCAGGACCACCGUCAGGUUCAGUGAUUCUCUAGAAGGGCUCACAGAACUCAGAAAAGCUGUUAUACUCCUGGUUAUGGUUUAUUGAAGUGAAAGGGUACAGACCCAAAUCAGCAGAAGGCAGAGUCCAGGAGAGACCGGCCGUGAGUGUCCAGUUGUGUAUGGACAGCACUUCAUUCUCCCAGUAAUGAUGUGUGGCAGCAUGCUCGGAGGAUCACCAACCGGGGAAGAGCACUGAAGCCUCGGUGUCUAGGAUUUGGAUUGACCCUAGUCCCCAGCCUUUUCAGAGGUCAAGUUUCUAUUGAGUGGUCCAAGGCCCCUACCGAAAGUCACAUUGUCGGCAUACACUGGCACGUCCCAGGCAGAGAGCACCGGGCGCUCAUGGUAGGAUGCCAGCAACAGAAGCUAUGGGUAGCCUCUGGGGUGGGCUGAGGGGGCAGGCAGGGUACCAGCAAGCCUCAGCCACACUUCGUCAUGAAGUGUUUUUGUUAUUUCCAUUUGUCAUUCUCACAAACGAUGUUCUAGAGCAGGGGUUGGUGAACUUCUUUGUAAAGGGCCAGCCAGCAAAGAUUUUCAGCUUUGCGGGCCGCACAGUCUCUGCUGCAGCUCCUCAACUCUGCUGCUGUAGCACAAAAGCAGCUGCGGGCAUUAUGGAAAUAAAUGGGUUUGACUGGGUUCCAGUAAAACUUUAUUUACAAAAAACCGGUACAGACCAGAUUUAGCUUGAGGGCUCUAAUUUGCCAACCCCUGCUACAGUGGAUAAUUCUUGGGUGUUUAUCUUUGUCCAUUUGUGCAGAUAAUUCUAUGGGACAGAUCCCUAGAAGUAGAAUUGCUGGAUCUGGAGUAAUGACAUUCUUAUUUUGAGCAGAUACUGUGAACCUCCCCCAAAAGUUGAACGUGCUUCCUCUUUCACCAACAGUGCCUGAGAACCUUUGAGAUUUCCUUUCUUAGGACCACUUGCCAAGGAAGCAAAACCCACACCUAUUGACUAGGAUGUUUGUGCAUUUUCAGUCUUGAGCUUUGGAGAGGCAGAGGAAGACAGAACAUUUUGCCCCCAGGAAAGAAAACCAAAUGGGGCCUGAAAUGGUCUCCUAAUGUCUUACUUUAGAUUUGAGGCCCACGGGGAAGGGGACUCUGGUGACUUGUUUUCAUUUGGUGAAAAUUAAACCUUACAUUGCCCACUAGGUGUAGUUCAAGAGUCCUGAAUGUUACCUAUUCAAAAAAGAUUUUUUUUUUUUAAGAUGCAUCAGAGAGCUUCUCAGCAAUUUCCUUUAUUAAGCAAAGAUUCUUUUCCUAAUUUUUCUCUUCCAUAAGGAAUUUUCAUAUAAAUAAGGUCUACCUAUGCAUAGUGAACACUUUACCAAAUGUACAAAAAAUAUACAUGGUCCAAUUUUUGUUCAUGGAGCUGACAGGUACGGGACACUCUUGAUGGAGAUGGCACAGCAUUUCACUUAGCCCGGUUCACUCUAGGUCUUUUUUGGGUUUAAAGACAAUGGAUGGGAUUUUUGUUUUUGUUUUUCCACUUUUCUUUUUCCCCAUAUUUUUAUGUUUGGAAUUCUUUUUUUUUUUUUUUUUCUCCCGUUGCGGAGCACAGGCUCUGGACACACAAGCUCAGUGGCCAUGGCUCACGGGCCCAGCCGCUCCGCGGCAUGUGGGAUCUUCCCGGACCGGGGCACGAACCCAUGUCCCCUGCAUCGGCAGGCGGACUAUCAACCACUGCGCCACCAGGGAAGCCCCCGUUUGGAAUUCUUGAUGUGAGCCCCACAGGGGGAAACAGAGAUUUGUUAGCAUUCAAGCUCUGUUUUGGGCUGCGUAUUUUAGCUGGUUUGUUUGAUAAUGGGCAUCCCUCCUGGGAUCUAGCCUGCCUGUGCUCUGCUCACGCUGGGUGAAUUUGUGAUGGUCCCCUUUCUGUAGUCUUUCAUUUGUAACACAGACACAGCCUGCUUCCCCGUUAGUGAGAUGGCAUGCCUGGACUACCCACAUGCAGAUAAGGAAUUAGGCAGAACUCGGCUGGAAAGAUAAAUCAAGCUAACUAUCUCAUUAGGCUUGAAAGACACAAAUUAAGCUUGCAUGGGAAUUAACAGCCUUCCAAAGAGACAUGCAGUGCAACAACGGGAGGAGACCUUGCUGGAGCCCUUUCUCUCAGGAAACUUGCCUCUGUUGCCUAAGUCCCUUUUGUAAAAGGUCAAGAGGUAGAAAUUGAGGAUCGAAAGAGCAGUGUAGUGUUUAUUGAGCACUUACUGAGUGCCAGGCACAGUGUGCAUUAUCUCACUGAAAGCUCUCAAAGUACUGUUAAGAUUCCUGUGUAACCGAGGAGGAAACUGAGUGCCAGAGGGGCUCCUUUGCUUGUCUCAGGGUCUCGGAGCUGUUGAAUGACAGAGCCAGGAUUCACCUAGGAUGUCUGGCCCCAUGGCCCAGUGGUUCUUAUCUGGGAUGAAUUGACCCCCUGGGGAUACCAGGCCAUGUUUGGAGACUCAGGGGUUGUGACAGCUGGGGGCGGUGGGUGCUACUGGGAUCUGGUGGGUAGAGGCCUGAGGUGCUGCUGGACAUCCUACAGUGCACAGGAUGCCCCACAAAGAAUUAUCCAGGCCCCAGUGUCAACAGUGCCGGGCUUGAGAAGCCUGGUUUAAGUGCUCAGCUGGACUCCAGUGGUGGCUGGCAGUUCCACCAGGACUGUCCGGCUGUAGUGCCCUGAGGACAGUGUGGUGAGUCUACGAGUCAGAAGCUUAAAUGUGCAGCCAAGGGACUCGUGGGAGGAUGAUGAGGGAAUCCGGGAAUUCUCAUGGUUAAAAGUGUCCUGAGAACAAGGACCUCGCACCUGCAGUUGAGGAAUAUGGAGACUAACGCCUCUGUCUUGCUCCUGCCUCCCGUCCUGCCCCUCCUCCUCUCGCCCCUCUGGCUAGUGUUCGGCCACAACAUGAAGAGCAGCAACGACUUCAUCGGGAGGAUCGUCAUCGGCCAGUACUCUUCGGGCCCCUCAGAAUCCAACCACUGGCGGCGGAUGCUCAGUGCCCACCGCACGGCCGUGGAGCAGUGGCACAGCCUGCGGUCCCGGGCCGAGUGUGACCGUGUGUCCCCUGCCUCGCUGGAGGUGACCUGAGGGCUGCGGGGAAGGCAGCUUUCAUUUGU